UCAGGGAUCAUGCUGUCUGCUUCUGUCUUGAUCUUGGUUUUCCUGCUAGCUUUUUGUAUUCCACUUACUGCUUCAAAAAUGUGUCUUAAAGAGAACGGCUAUGAAAAUCUACUUAUUGCAAUUAAUCCACAAGUGCCAGAAAAUGUUCAGAUCAUCAACAACAUCAAGAAUAUGGUCACAGACGCAUCUUUGUUCUUAUUUAAUGCUACAAAAAGAAGAUUUUAUUACAGAGAUGUGAAGAUUCUUAUACCACUUACAUGGCAAUCACACAAUUAUCGCAGACCCAAGCAUGAAGUGUAUGAGAAGGCAAAUGUAAUUAUUAACAAACCCAAUUUCAAUCAUGGAAAUGACCCAUACACAUUGCAAUAUGAAGGAUGUGGAAAAGAGGGAAGAUAUAUCCAUUUUACACCAGAUUUCUUAAUAGAGGACAGUCUGCUUUCUGUAUAUGGACCAAGGGGGAAAGUAUUUGUUCAUGAGUGGGCUCACCUUCGAUGGGGCGUGUUUGAUGAAUACAAUUAUGGAGUACCUUUUUAUGUUUCUGUUGAGAAUAAGAUCAAAUCAACAAGAUGUUCAUCUGAAAUUUCUGGUAUGUACAUUUGCAAGGAAACAUCUUGCUUGGAUGGAGAAUGUAUGAUAGAUCCUCAGACAGGAAGUUUGGCAGAAGGAUGUAUGUUUUUAGUUAACAGUACUCAGAGUCAAAAAACAACAGCUUCCAUCAUGUACAUGCCAGCAUUGUCUUCUGUUGUGGACUUUUGCGACAAAAAUACCCAUGACCAGGAAUCUCCAAAUAUGCAGAACCAAAUGUGCAGUUAUCGUAGUACCUGGGAGGUCAUCAUGGAUUCUGCUGACUAUGUAUCAACGCUACCCAUGGCAAAUGAUGUCUAUCCCCCUCCACCAAAUUUCUCACUUUUGCAAACCAGACGUAGGGUAAUUUGCUUGGUUCUAGAUGUGUCAAGCAACAUGGCCACGGGUGACCGGAUCCAUCGGCUUCAUCAGGCUGCUGCACUAUUCAUACUUCACUUCGUUGAAGUUGGUUCCCAUCUUGCUAUUGUAACUUACAAUGACACAGCAGAAAUCAGAAGUCCUUUACGCCAAAUAGACCAUGAUGAUGUGCGUAGGAAUCUUACUUCUAAUCUUCCUAAUACUGCCAGUGGAGAAUCAUAUAUCUGUAAAGGGGUACUGUCAGGACUCCAGUUGCUUAAAACUCUUGAUGGUAAUGGAGAUGGAAAUGAAAUCAUUUUAGUGUCUGGUGGCAGAGACGAAAAUCUUGAUAAAUGCUUCUCCCAAGUGUUACUCAGUGGCUCUGUAAUCCACACAAUUGCCAUUGGCCCCAAUGCUGACUCAGAACUGGAAUGCUUGUCGGAAAUGACAGGGGGAUCUGCAUUUUUUGCCUCUGGUAAUAUGGUUUCGGACAGCUUGAUUGGUGCUUUCACUGAAAUAUCUACUUCAAAUGGAGACCACACACAUAAGUUUGCUAAGCUGUUUCUUGCAUCAAAUGUCAUAAGAGCUGAAGAUCAACUGACGGGAUCUGUGUACAUAGAUGGCAGUGUUGGGAUUAAUACUUUAUUCAUAAUCACUUGGCAGGCUUCUGCAUUACCAGAUGUUAUUAUUGAGGACCCCACUGGUAAUAUCUAUAACAGUGAAAAUUUGGAAACUGACACCUAUUCUCAAGUUGCUUAUUUUAUUUUACCAGAAACUUCCCAGGUCGGAGAGUGGAAGUACACCAUCAUAAACACAUUAAACUCCAGCCAGGUUUUUGAUAUACUGGUGACCUCCAGGCCAGCACCGAAUAGUAUUCCAUUGGUUAUACAUCUAUUUACAAAUACCAAUACAGUAACCUUCCCAAACCCAAUGGUUAUAUUUGCAGAGAUUAAACAAGGAUAUUCUGCCAUUCUAGGAGUAAAUGUGACUGCUGUCAUUGAAUCAGAGUUUGGAAAUUUAAUUAUCAUAACACUAACUGAUGAUGGUACAGGAGCUGAUGCUGUUAAGGAUGACGGAAUAUAUUCUAGAUAUGUGUUUUCAUUUAUGCACAAUGGUAGAUAUACUCUGAAGAUUCAUGCUCAAUCUAAUAAUAAUGCCUCUUCAAUCCGUCACUCUAAUAGUCAUACCAUGUAUGUGCCUGGUUACAUAGACAAUGAUACAAUUAGAAUGAACCCACUAAGGUCUAUAUUUAGUGGUGAGAUCGAAACCCUGCCAGAAAUAUUUAUCAGAACCAUAUUUAGUGAAAGUUUCAAAGUGAAAAAUAUCUCUCAAGAUUCCGUUGUUGACUUGUUUCCUCCAUGUACAAUUGUUGACCUGGAAGCAAAACUGGAAAAUGAUUAUGUGAUAUUGUCUUGGACUGCACCAGGAGACAACUAUGACCAGGGCAUAGCAUCCAGUUAUGAAAUUCGAAUGAGUACCAAUCCUUUCAAUUUAAGAGAACAUUUUGACACUGCAAUACCUAUUAAUACUUCAUCUCUCAUGCCUAAAACAGCCGGGAGCAAGGAGCAUUUUUCGUUCCUGCUGCACAGUGAAGAAAAGGAUAAUGGCUCCAUUUCCUACUUCGGCAUCCGCACCAGAGAUAACUCAUCACUAAUGUCAGACAUAUCAAACCUUGCCCAGCUUACCAGGCAUACUCGCUUAGAAACUAUUAACUACUCUCAUUCUAUGGCUGCUGUAAAGAUCAAAACCUCUACUGUAAUUUAUAUUUUAGUUUCCUUUGUUUCUCUAUGUCUUGUAAUAGAAGCAGGUUUAUACAGCUUUAAGAGGUAUUCUAUUUCAAAAUUACAAUAUCAUGCUAUUACAAAUGAUUUACGAGUGUCAUGCAAUUCUACAGAACAAAUGCAAACACGUAGAGAAGGUAAAGAACAUGAAUUACCACUAUAUGAUAUGGUUGACCGGGUUUAUUGUGAAGACAGUUUUGUAGAGGAAGAGAAUACAGAGGUCUAACAAAAUUUAGGGAAAAGGACUCUACAAGUUGUAGAGUUAAAUUAAAAAGAAUGAAGAUAUUUUCUUUAUAUUUGCCAAACAAUGGAAAAUAUAUUUAUGUAGAGCAAAGCAUUGGGAACUCAAUUGGUAAUCUUGUGUGUGCAG